GUGAAUUUGGAAGCCCGUUUAGCAGUAUCACCCUACCGCCAUCCAGAUACGAAGAGGAUUACAGAGUUACUUCCCAGUGACCAAUUCACAAUGAUCGAGGAAGGCUUCUUCUGUCUGCCCGACAUCCCAGACUCAUGUCCCUUCACCAUCUCUCGGCUCCUAACCCCUUCCGGCGAAGCUUCUGCGAGUUGGCUGAUCCGUGAGCACGACCAAUACGGUGAGUAUCCGCAUAUUUACGCGAAGGUAUGUACGAGUCCUCGACGGCAAGAAGACGACGACGGAUGUCCCGAGAAACCGGCGGCACAUAAAGUCAUCGUCCUGAGCGACACGGGCUGUGCGACAGAAACGCUCAACACCAAGCUCCAGAGAUGCGAUGCCGACGGUCUCAAUGAAAUCUACUCCACGCCACCUGGCGAGCCUAGACGGUGGAACCUGCGCACAUUUCUCGAGUAUACCAUCAACCCAGGUGGCCAGACUCCCUAUGUGGUGAUAACCACUCAUUGCCACUACGAUCAUAUUUUGGGGAUUGGGAAGCUGAUGAAGCCCACGCCUCCUGCGCGAGCGCGAUGUUUCUCCCCGAAAACCCGCCAUAUGAGCCACGAGCAACUGAGCCGGGUAACGACUCCUACAGUGCUAACAUCUUCGCACGACAAAUCUUUCGUCACGCCCUAUGCCAACCUACAAAGACACAGCCUGAGCAGCUCGGUCGGUCUCUAUGCUCCGAGAUAUGCCAUCACUUGGGCCGAAGACCUCUCAGAGGUUCAAUGGCACUUCAGUGACACGUCCAAAGACUCGGACUCGGUUGCUCCUGUCUCUUCUAUAUCUACAUCCAUAUCCAUAUCCAGUCGCAUCACUGUGCUUCACACUCCAGGCCACACUCCGGACUCGAUGUCAUGGUACGAUGCAGACCUCGCCCUCGUGUGCGUCGGCGAUAGCUUCUACGUGAAAGAGACGGACGAGACGCGCAAGGCACCCUGGGGUCCCGAGCCCCCCAUGCCCACCAUGUUCGAUGUCGAAAGUGAUCUCGCAGACCUCUGGCGGAGCAUGCAAAGACUGUUGCAUUUUGCCCGGGCCCGGAACGAGGAGCUGGAGCGGGAGCGGGAGUGUGAGCCUGAGCCUGAGCGCAACGUAAUCGAACGCCUCUCUGACCAUGGUAUGCUGCUCAGACAGCCGAAUGCCAAACGUGAACAGGCAUGGCCUUGGAGAUCAGCGCCGUGUCAAAGUCAAACAGGAUUUGAUUAUCCCCAUCCGCCAUCAGAUGGACAGGGCCGUCUUCCAAAAGCAUUGUUUCUGCAUGCAAGAAACACAACGACCGAGCAUGAUGUAGACGACGACGACUGGAUUCUUGUCGACCUCGUCGUGCAGGGUACUUCUUCUCGGUCUGCAUCGUCACCACCGCCUCGAGUCCGCCUUGCCGCCGCACACACGACGGUAACUUUGGAUGCAGAAGCUGCCAUCCUAUCAUUCCGUGAAUUCAUCGCUCGUAUCCUGCGCGACGAGGUCCCCAAGCAGCGUGCCAAGGAGGGUUACAGAGGCGAGGAGCGAUGGUUCUUUGAUUUCGCUUUGCAAGAAGGGGGCGAACCAGAGCACGACAUCCAGAAUGGUAACUUGAGAUAUGUCCACAGCUACAGCGUCCUUGCGCCGCUGCAGGUUAUUGAGCUUGGCAGAAGGAAGAUACCACGCGAAGCGUGGAUGAAGUUGGAGGUAUAG